CGCCCUCCGCGCUUCCUAUUGGCUAGCCGCAAGGUUCCAUCCUGUCCUGAGGGAGGCAGGGAGACAUCCGCCUCCCCCAGCCGCUCACGGGCCAAAGCUUCCCCGGGAGGCGCCGCUCAGCUUCCCGGGACUUGUAGUUCGGCCUUCAGGCUCCUUCAUCGCGCCGACGUCAGCAGGGAACCACAAUUCCCAGCAGCCACCUCGGCGCCACUGGACUGGCCAAUCGCUGCUAGUACAGCUCACCGGUUCUGCGCUUGUUGUUUUGAAACUUCCAGGAUGGGUUUGGCUGGGUUGUUGCGUGUCAGAAGGACCCACUGAAGCAGCCUCAAGGCGGUGCAGGAUGCGGCCUCUGCCCCCAAGAGGCUGGUGCACGGCAGCGAGGACAGUGGCCGGGAGCUGGCAUCGGCUGUUGAAGGGCGGAGGCGUCACUGGGCGAAGGUCGUGGGCUGGCAGCUGCCAGCAGCCUCGCUGGUUUGCUGCCAGUCCUUGUCGCUGCAGCAAGUCCGAAGCGAGCAAGCGGAAGGGCAGCAAGCCUCUCAAGGAGUGGACUCUGGUUGUGGGCCCCUAUGGCCUCCUGAAGGCACGGCUCCCUUGCCACGUCUCUGUGCACCCUCUGGACCCACACAAGUACCCCCAAGCGGACAGGGUGUUCGUGACGGUGCGUGGGGCGACCGCUGGCCCCACGCAGGGUGCAGAUUUGGAUAGUUUGCAUGUGAAGUAUGAUGAGGUGCGAAAGGAGAUUACGAUAAUCUCGGAAGACAUGGACGGUGCAGCCUCUGUGGACGUGAGGACCCCCGUAAAAUUUGACUUGGAUAUCAAGACAACAGGGAAUGGCUGUGUGAAGACUGAGAAAAUUGAAUGUAACAGCUGCAGAAUAGAGACAGAAAAGGGAACGAGCAUCUUGCGGUCAAUAAAGAGUCAGAAAAUUGACAUUCAAGCUAAAGGAGGGAAAGUUAUCUGCCUGGGAACUCUUCAAGGAAAUGCUGAUAUUCAUGUGUCACAAGAAAGUAGUGUGAAUAUAGAAAAGCUACAAGGGUCAUCUAUUCACAUUUCUACCAAAAAUGGCUUAUUAAAAGCCAAAUAUCUUUAUGCAGAAUCUUCAUUGCUCUCUUCAACAGCUGGUGACAUUCUGCUGGGGAAUGUUCAUGGAGACACAACCCUUGAAACAAAAACAGGAAACAUCACAGUAGAUUCCUCCGAAGGAUUCCUGAAAGCUUCUACGCAUCAUGGGGAGAUAGAUGUUUACAUUAUCAAUCAAAAGGGGGAAGUGGAUCUGAAAUCUCAGGAAGGCUCCAUUACUGUCAAGGUACCUGCAACUCUUCAAGCUUAUCUCCAGUUAUCUGGGAGCAAGGUUGAGGUGAGCCCAGAGAUCCAGUUACAGGAGACUCAGAAUGCCUCCAGGGAGGACCGCAUAACAGUUACAGGCCAUAUGAAUCAACAGGAUAAACAAGGAAAAUAUAUUAAAGCAGAGACAGAAAAUGGCACAGUUCAUCUCAAAAGUCAAACCUGGUUCCAGUCUGUGAAACUGAAGGCCUCAUGAUGGAGUGAAUAAUCUUUACUUAUAAUCAAGAAACAAUGCAGAAAGAUUACUGUAAAUCUUGCCCACUGUUUGCAUAUAAUAUGCACUGAGGCAUGUUUUAGUGUUUCUGGUGUCUUUGGCUUCAAAUGCUCAGAAAUCAAUGGAAACAACCUUUCCCCCCUAACUUGUUUAUUGAUCACUUUAAGCAGCCAAACUUUCAACAAAUACGCUGAAGAUUAAAAUGCUUAAUCCUGA